AUGGCUGGCGUGCAAUCGUUGGGUGGCUUUGUCAAGCAGUCCCGCCGCAUGGUCGUGCUUUGGAGUGAACGCUACUUCUCGCGCUUGUGGUGCGUUUUUGAGCUGGCAUGCAUGGUGGUCACCCACGAUGGUCAAAUGGGCGUGGUAGACUUUUGUCCUUUAUCCUUCGGGGUCCUCGUCGUCUGCAUGCGGUCGGUGUGCGUCUUUAACGACCUCUUCUUGCUAUCGGUGCGAAGCAUUUACGGCUUUGAGGAGCACGAUGAGAGCGCUUUGCUCUUCUCCCCGUGGCUCGUAUUUGUCUGGGUGCUGUUGCUCAUUGCCUCCAUGGCCAACCUUUGGCAUGGCUUUUUCUUCCGCGCAGUGGACGUGCGCGAGCUGCGGGGUCAGGUGCUCGGGUUCCAGUCCGCGAGUGCGGAGUGCUUCGACGAGUCGGACAGGCCGAUUGUCACGAGUUGCAUCGAGGGCUGGUACGGCAACGCCGAGGUCUUUGACCGCUAUGUUCGAGAACAGCUGGGCCCAAAGAUCAUAAGCCAACACGGCAGGCGAUUCCCCUUGCUUCCAUUGGUGUGGACGUUCUAUGGCGCUCACGAUCGCCUCUGGUAUAUCCUGGAUACGAUCCCAUUCAGCUUGGACCGCCCCGCCGAGCUGUUCCAAACGUGCACGGUGCUGGUGCAUGGGCAGGCCAAGGCUGUACUCGUCGUGCUGGGUGUCUCUGCGCUGAUGUUCUUGCACGUGCGUCUGCAGCACUGUGGUUGGCACAUUGUGCCAAAUUGCUGCUUCGGGAUGCUACUCAUGGCAGGUGGCGUCAAAUUAUGGGAUUAUUUGCUCGGUGUUGUACUCAAGCUUGCCAAGACAUGGUCUUUGCAGUUGUUGGUGUGCUUGCUCUUGAACGGGUUCUUGCUUUGCUUUUGGUGUCGGGAUAUCGGCCAGAUGCGUCGAUGCAGCGCGAUGGUAGCAGCGAGCUUCCGUACAGGCUGGCCUUCGCGUAAGUGA